AUGAACGAUGAGUUUUUGACUUGUGCCAAGAUAAUUGAAUUUUUUUGGCUAUUGUUAGCAUUUGUUUUCUUUUUUUUUGCUGUUUAUGCUAAAUUCAGAUUGAAAAAGGAGAUUCAUUUAGAUAUUGAGAAUUUGAAUUCGAAUCACACAUCAGUUAAAUAUUAAGUUCCUUCAUAAUAAGGAGAUGCAUAAGAGAUUCAUAUGGUAGAUUAAAAUGUUUCAAAUUCUGGAUAAUUAUAAUCAGUAGCUUAAUAAAAUAAAGAACCACCUGUAUGUUUAAAAAUCAAUAUUAGACAAAAUUAGAAGAAUUUUACAAGAAAUCAUUAAGUAUUACAAGUAGAAUAUUCCCUUAAUUGGCAGUUGUUAUUAUUUGCAUUUUAAACGGGGCUAGUUAUGCAUUUGCAGUAGCUUGCGUUAUUUUAUACUUUAUAUCAAUCCUUUUAUUUAAUAUACUGCAAAUAUAAGAUUGUUUAGGGUCUUAAGGAAUGAAAAGUAUUUUAAAUUUAUUAUAUUUUGAGAUAUGUUUAAGUUGACAAAUAACAUUUGGUUAAUAUGUCUAUUCAUAAAUUAUUUAGCUAGUUCAUUAUUUUGA